AUGAACCGGGUACAACCAGAAAAUGUUCACUCAACUAUAUUUACUCCUCGUGAGUAUCAAGUGGAGUUGGUGGAUGUUUGCCUACGACGAAACACACUCUCAGUAUUGGCAUCUCGCUCCACUAGGACAUUCCUUAUCACCAUGGUGACUCGAGAGCUGGCUCACCUCACCCGAAGCAAAGAACAAGGUGGUAAAGAGCAACGAACCUUAAUCACUGGGUGGUCAGGACCAGGACUUGUUCGUGCAGGAGAAGCCAUUCAGCAAAAUACCAACCUUGUGGUCACCACCUACACCACACUUGAUCAGGUUGAUAAUUGGCCAUCAUCUCGCUGGAGUCAGGCUUUUAGAGAAGCACAGGUGUUAAUAAUGACAGUGGAUGUGCUGGAGCAAGGCUUGCAAGCAGGAGUCUUACCACUAGAUAUGCUCAACCUUCUUGUCAUUACCGAUGCUCACCGAAUGGCAACUUCUCCUACUAUUGCUAAGGUUCUAAAUAGAUGUGGAAAUAGCCGAAUUCUAGGCAUGACUUCUCCUGUAUUAAGUCAUUCUUGCUCUCCCCCACAACUUGAAUCCUUCCUAAACCACCUUCAGAAAGCCUCCUCUUGUAAAGUUGAUACUGCCUCAGAAAUAGUCACUGUUUUAAGGUAUGUAAAUAAGCCUGUUGAGAAAAUUGUGAUGUGUCGUGAUCCUUCUCCGGAUGAACGUUUGGAGGUGGAGCUGGAGGUACGACGUCUAGUAGGGGAUGCUCUCAGGUUUCUUGAUGAUCAUCGAUAUGAUCUUGUGGAAGUGUAUGGACCAGAGUAUCAAGAGUUCUGUGAUGGUUUACCUGAUCCUAAUAAUGAACCAAGGCAAAUCUUGAUGGAUUUCCUGGAUGUGCUCAAUAAUUUAGGGCUGUGGUGUGCUGAUAGAGCAGCAUUGUAUGCUUUAGUUGAAGUGGAGAAGUUGAAGAAGAAAACUGCUUAUGAUCGUCACUACCUCCUACUCUGCAUGAUCUUUACAGUUAUGGCACGAAUAAGGGCUGUAGUAGAGCAAGCAUUUGAUAAAUACACAGAACUUGAUCAGAUUUUGAAAUUUUCAACUCCUAAAGUUCUUCGUUUAGUGGAAAUCCUUCGUGAGGUGCGGCCACUCAAUUUUAUUGAUCCACGUAAGAGAAGAGAUAAAUUGGAAAAUACUGAAAUUACUAAAACUGGAACUGCUGUAGAUGGAACUGAAACCAUUGAUGCCAAAUCUGUAGAAGACAGCAAAACUGCCAUACAGAAUACAUUAGAGGAUACGAAGGAAGAUGAUAAUUUGAAUGUGAAAGCCAGUUCUAAUUUUCUUGAAAUCACAGGUGAAUUAUCAGAAAACAGUGUGGCUCAGAAUAAUUUAAAAAAUAUUCUUCAACCCAGUGAAAAUCUCGAUGAAAUGGAAUUAGCCGAAGAAGUAAUAAAUGAUGAAAUGUCCAAGUCUAUUAGUGAAAAUUCGAAAAACUUGUUAGAAAAUACAAAAUCUGAAAUUAGGUUAGUUAAUGAAACUGUAUGUGAGACAGUUCCUAAGUCAUCUUGUAAAAAUAAGAUGUGUGAUUACAUCGUAAGUGAAAGUGUGUGUGAGUCACCUAGUAAAUUAACCUUGCUGAGCUCAGUUACUAGUGACUCUAGUGUUAAAUCAGAAUUACCAGGGAAGGAGACUGACAAAACAAUGGAAGUUUGUGGAGAGUUCACAUGCAAUGGGUGUAUUUCUGUCAGUGAAGACAUAAAUGAAACUGGUGAUGUGUCAGAUGAUGCAGAAUUAUAUACACCUGCCCCAAAGUUAUCUACAGAAUGUACAAGCAAGGCUGUGUCCAAGUCAUACACAAGUGAUUUUGAAUGUUAUACUAGUGAAAUAGAUACUAAUGAAUGUAAGAUAGCUCUGUCAGGAUCACUGGAAGAAGUUAAGACAAAAGAGUUCAGUGGUGAAGAUAUAAUUCAAAAUUGUAUAAAGCAAGAGUGUGACCAUGUACAGAAUGGGAGCAUUGUGUGUAUUGACAGUAUGCAAAGUAAAGUACAAAUGGAUCCUGAUUCACAAAUCUGUUGCAAUAUACUUGAAGCUGUAGACAAUAAGAAAAGCAAAGAUGGCUCAGUCUUAGAAGACAAUUUAUGUAGACUUAAUGUUAAGAAAUCAUCUUGUAUAGAUGGCUGUGAACUAGAAAUUUUGAGCUGUGAUCCAUGUAAUGGACUUUUGAGUGCCAAAAGUGAACUUCAAGAUACUGCCAACAUACAAAACAUUAAAAAUGUAAUGCUAUGCAAUGGAUUUGCACAUGGUAGUCAUAAUGGUUUGUCAUCCAGAAUCUCAGAUGAUGUUGAUUGCAAAUUGAAUGGCCACAUUGACCUGGAUAAGCUUCCGUCAAGUCGUAAAGGUGAGAGUGAUAGUGUAAGUAUAGCAAAGGCAGAUACCGAAUGCUGUGCCUCAGUACAAAACCAGUUUAGCAUGGAAACUUGUUGUGAUUCCAUUGCUGAAACUUCCGCUUCUCUUGCUACCUCCAAGCUGCCUUGUGAGGCAGUUUCUGCUCUUGCUACUCACGUCAAUAUCACAACAAAUUCUCACAAUGAAAUAAUGAUUGAAGAAAUUGGUGACCAAGUGGAUUCUUCAGAUAGUUUAGAAGAAAAUUCUACACCUGAACAGUCAAAGAUAACACCACCACCAAAAACAUGCACAGAAAGUGUAGAUAGUUGUCCAGGUAAUUCUAAUACUGGUUUGAAUUCAAGUAAUGAAAUGGAAGAAACUAGCUCAACUGCACCAGUGGUAUCUUCAGAGGCAGCUGCAAUGGCUGACACACUAGCAUUGCUGCUUCCUAGUGGGGGCAAGGGGCGUAAACGACGGGAUGACGUUAAGGAGAAGGUGAAAGUCCACAACCCUGAAGAUCCUGACUCUGUGUGUGGUCUAAUAUUCGUUCAUCACCGUAAUAUGGCCAAGAUUAUAUACAGACUCUUAAAGGAGCUCAGUGAUAUAGGUGGAGAUUAUGCCUGGAUCUUCCCUCAGUACACUGUUGAAGCGAAAGAAAGUGUGAAGGAUGACCCAAGAGCUGCCGAGGCUGAGCAUAAGAAGCAGGAGGAAGUUCUCCGCAGAUUCCGUCAUCAUGAGUGCAACGUUUUAGUAUCUACGCGUGUUCUUGAAGAAGGUAUCGACGUUCCACAGUGUAAUCUUGUCCUACGGUUUGACCCUCCAACUGACUACCGUUCAUAUGUGCACAGCUGUGGCCGUGCAAGGGGUCAUGACACAUUUUAUUUUCAUUUAAUCACCAAAAUGCAAGAGAAAAGCUUCCUCUGUGAUAUGGCAACAUAUUCUGCUUUUCAACAAGUGUUAGUAAGUCGGUGCGGAAGUGUUGAAGUGGGCACAGAUGUAGAAGUUAUGGCUGAGGAAGCUAAUGGUGCAUAUCCCUCCUACCUAACCCCUGCUAAUACUGCUGUUACCAUGGCUUCAGCAAUAGGCCUUCUGAACAAAUAUUGUGCCAAACUACCGAGUGACACCUUCACACGUUUAACAGCUAUGUGGGAAAUAGAAGAGAAUGAAGACAGUAUUGGCAGUUACUGUUGCAGAAUAAUGUUGCCAAUUAACUCUCCUUUAAAAGGAACCAUUCAGGGUCCUUGGCAAGAAAAGGUGUCCCUAGCUAAGAUGGCUGCUGCUUUGGAAUGCUGCCGCAGCCUUCAUCAGAUAGGAGAAUUGGAUGACCAGUUGCAGCCUGUUGGGAAGGAGAGCAUGAAACUUGAUGACCAUCUUUGUGCACCUCCAGCAGAUGACCAAGUGCCAGAAGGAAUGCCUCGCCCGGGAACAACCAAGAGACGUCAAUAUUACUACAAAAAGGUAGCAGAAUGCUUGACAGGAGAGCAGCCAAAAGAGAAGCUGGAUUUGUUUGUUUACAAGUUAGACAUGGUGCUGACCUGCCCCAUACCUGAUGAGCAAAACACACGUGGCCGUAAGAUCUAUCGUCCAGAAAAGUCCACACGUUCGUUUGGUAUUGUCACAACUAAACCUAUAUCACAGGUUAGCGGUUUUCCAGUGUUCACUCGCUCAGGUGAAGUGGUUGUCCAUGUCCGUGAGACUGGGAGAAGGGAGCAAUUUACCCAGGAUCAGCUAGCAGCUCUGCAGUGCUUUCAUAAGUUUACCUUUACUCAUGUGUUGCGUCUGGAGAAAUAUCCUAUAAAGUUUGACCCCACAAAUGCAAGAACAGCCUUCUACAUUGUUCCACUUAACAAAUUUGAAGGACGUGAAGACAUUGACUGGGAGUUUGUUACAAAAAUUCAGCUAGAAGGAGAUCCAAGGCCAGUUCCUCCCCUUGAUGAUACAAGAAAGAAAUUCCAGUUUCAGCAUUGCCUAUAUGAAGAUGCUGUUGUAAUGCCCUGGUAUAGGAAUCAAGACCAGCCUCAGUACUUCUAUGUGGCUGAAAUAUGCACUCAUCUUAACCCACAAAGUGACUUCCCAGAUGCUGGAUUUGAGACUUUUGAAAAAUAUUAUUUGACUAAAUAUGGGCUUCAAAUUUGUAAUUUGUCUCAGCCUUUGCUUGAUGUUGACCAUACAUCAGGCCGUCUUAACCUGCUCACACCAAGACAUGUUAACAGAAAAGGAGUUGCUCUGCCCACUACCUCAGAAGAGACCAAGCGUGCAAAACGAGAAAAUCUACAACAAAAACAAAUUUUAGUACCUGAGCUGUGCACAAUCCAUCCCUUCCCAGCAUCUCUGUGGCGUAAGGCUGUCUGUUUGCCCACUAUUUUGUAUCGUAUAAAUGCUCUCCUUUUGGCAGACCAAUUAAGAAUAUGUGUGGCCAGUGAAGUUGGUCUUGGACUUCAGAUACUUCCUUCAGACUUCUCUUGGCCACCUUUGGAUUUUGGUUGGAGCCUUGCUGAUGUGCUGAAGAAGAGUCAAGAUAACCAAAUACAGGAGGACAGCACUGAACAUAAAACUGAAAGUGUUACAAAACAAAAAGGAAAGAUAACAGAAUCGCUGGGUAAUGAAUCACCCCCUGUAAAGAAAAAGAUCAGUAAAAAUGGUAUCGAUAUGGAAAUAGGUACUUGGUCCAAUGAUAUGGCUGUUGAUCCCCCUACUCCACCCUACAGCAUAGAUGAUAUGAAUCCUGCAGAUGAUUUUGAAAUUGAUACAUUUGAUCCUAAUGUGGCUUUACCAGAUAAUCUCACAUUACUGGAUGGUUUUACUAAUGUUGAUGAUGAUAUAGAGGGAGAAUUAGGUGCUGACUGGGGUACUGGCAUUACAGAACGUAGGUCGAAAAAUGGCUGUCACAAGGAUAGUAGUGGAGAGGUUUUCCGAGUAGGUUCACCAUCAAACUUUGAAAUCGAUGGUUGGGAUGUGUUUGGUGGACCUGGCUCUUCUGGUUACGGAGGUGGUUACAAUGGUUAUGGUUCCUAUGAUGCCUAUGGAGGUUAUGGAGAUUUUCAGGGCUUGGCAGAUGAUCUUGAAGGCUGUGAAUCAGACGUUUCUUCUGAUAUGGACGAUGACGACAAAAGCCAAGCAGAGAAGAUGUGGGAUGAUGAAGGGAGUAAAAGAAGAACAAGUAUGGCCAUUGAUGAAGGUUCUUCUGAUGAAGAAAUAGAUUUACAGUGGCCCUAUGAAGAUGACAUUGUCAAGGCAGAGAAAGAAGAAGAAUUUCAUCUAUUUCUGGAGGAGAAACAGUGUGCAAUAUUAGAAAGCUCUUGUUACUUGGCUGAGAAUGCACCAUUGGUUAUAGAGAAGGCACACAGAAAGCUAGCAAAUGAAAAUAAAAUGUCAUCACCAGAGAAAGUGAGUUUACCUGUGGACAAAUUUACAUUGCAAGGCUGUGAACCACUAUCUUCAAAAGGCUGUGAUAAUGCUCAACAAACUACCUCACCUGCCACUAGGAUUGUGAAUCGUACUGAAACCCUUUCUCUGGUUAAACUAGAUAAUGGUGCUGACUCUUUCUCUGGAAAGAGCAAUUCUGGUGAAACACUCUUCAGUUUUGAUUACCAGCCAGAUCUCAUAAACCAUCCUGGCCCACCUCCUAGUAUAAUUCUUCAGGCACUCACAAUGUCUAAUGCAAAUGAUGGAGUCAAUCUGGAGAGGCUUGAGACUAUAGGAGAUUCAUUCUUGAAAUAUGCUAUCACCACUUUCUUGUACUGUACUUAUCCACAACGUCAUGAAGGCAAGCUCAGUUACCUGCGGUCCAAGCAAGUUAGUAACCUAAAUUUAUAUCGAUUAGGUAAGCGAAAGGGACUUGGAGAGUGCAUGGUUGCAACCAAGUUUGAGCCUCAUGACAAUUGGCUGCCUCCUGGUUAUUUUGUGCCACGUGAGUUAGAAGAAGCAUUGAUUGAUUCAGGAGUUCCUGCCGGUCACUGGAACAUGGCUGACUUACCAGGACUUCAUGAUCUGGCCAGUGAUGAGAUAAGACGAUUAGUUCAAGAACGUUCAGAACAAAUAAAACGCAGUAAAACUGAGCAUAUAACCAGUGAAUUAAUGGCCACACAGAAUCCUCAUGAUUUACCUAUCUUUAUUCCAUACAAUUUGCUCACACAACAUAGUAUUCCUGACAAAAGUAUUGCAGACUGUGUUGAGGCUCUGAUAGGUGCUUACCUUACAACUUGUGGUCCCCGUGGUGCUUUACUUUUCAUGUCUUGGCUUGGAAUCAAGGUCUUACCAUGUAAGAUAGAUGAGGAAUCUGAAAAUGUACUGCAUAUCACAUAUGGUCACUUGGAGCCACCUCAGUCACCUCUUCAUCAGUGUUCAGUAACAGAUACUUACAUGCAGUUGGAAUUGUUACUUAGUGGAUAUAUGGUAUUUGAGGAGAAGAUUGGAUAUACGUUCCGGGACCGUUCUUAUUUGCUUCAAGCAUUCACUCAUGCUUCAUAUUACAAGAACCGCCUUACUGACUGCUACCAGAGGCUUGAAUUCUUGGGAGAUGCUGUUCUUGACUAUCUGAUAACUCGUCACUUGUAUGAGGAUAAGAGACAGCAUUCUCCAGGGGCUCUCACAGACCUGCGCUCAGCCUUGGUUAAUAACACAAUAUUUGCAUCUUUGGCAGUCAAAUAUGACUUUCACAAGUACUUCCGCCACUUUUCACCGGGUUUGGACCGAGUAGUGAGAGACUUUGUCAAGAUGCAAGAAGAGAAUGGCCAUAAAAUCAACGAAGAAUAUUACUUCAUGGAGGAAGAUGAAUGUGAGGCAGCAGAAGAUAUUGAAGUUCCCAAAGCUCUGGGGGAUGUAUUUGAAAGUGUAGCUGGAGCAAUUUUCUUGGACUCGGGCGGUUCCUUGGAUGCUGUCUGGUCUGUAUACUAUACCAUGAUGUGCCGAGAGAUUGAACAGUUCAGUGGUGUAGUGCCUAAAUCGCCAAUUCGUGAACUUUUGGAAAUGGAACCAGAGACAGCUAAGUUUGGCAAGCCUGAACGCCUGGUUGAUGGUAAGGUCAGGGUUUCGGUGGAAAUAUUUGGAAAGGGUUCAUUCUCUGGCGUUGGUCGCAAUUAUCGUAUAGCAAAGUCAACAGCAGCAAAAAGAGCUUUAAGACACCUGAAGAAGCUUCAGAUGAUGACCAGUCAAGGAAUCUAAUGAUACUUUCAAGAAAUUAGGGUUGUAAGACUAUGACUCAAAUGAUAUUAAUAAUGUAAAACAGUAUGAGUAAAAUGUUCAUGAAUCUGUACAGUAAAUUAAUUAAAACUAAAAAGUCACAGAUAAUUCCUGAAGAUUGUACAAGGGAAUGGCAACUUAUUGUUUCAGUAUUUCUUGUCAUUUUUUCAGGGAACUUACCAAGAAACAGAAAAUGCAAGAAUAAAUUUUUUAGAAAUUAUCAUUAAAAAACUGAGUAUCCAUUUCAUGAAGUGUCAAAUCAUAUAUAUCUGAUUUUGUUAUUAAUUUGUUUUGUAUUAAAAUGUACAAUAUUACAAUUGGAUUAAGUUUCAGUAUUAGAUGUAAAUAACCAAGAUUUUCAUUAUAUUCAGUCAGUGGAUGUAGACCCAAAGAGUACAAAAAUUCAUAAUAUGCUAGUGAAGAUUCAGUAAUAGAGAUGAAGUCUGUACUAGAGUCAAGGGCAGUUGACAUUCUUUACAGAUACCCAUCAAAUUCCUCUUUCAUUUUGGUACCUUUUAUUUUACAUUGGUUCAGAAUGGUACAAGGUUAGGUACAUCAUUUUGAUGUUCUUGACUACAUUGUCUUUUAUGAAGUCUAUUACCAGGUCACAAAAAUUAGUUGAGAAACAAGUCUCUGAUGAAGAAUGAAAGUCACAAUACCAUGACUUAAUUAUUAAGUUCACAACUAACCCACAGUAUGAAGUAAACUUAAAAUGACAUUCUGGCCCAUCCUGGACCAUUAUCAAAUUGUAGGUUUGUUGUGAACUCUGAUGAUUACCUUGUUCCCUCAGCCUUGACGCUAGCCCACUUUUCUCCUGAUUCAUUCAGUACAGCGGACAGUUAUGCAGGUUGUUAGAAGAUACUGAAAAACCCAGAUCAUAUCAUAAAUUUAAUACUUAAUGUAUUGUAGACACAAAUAUGUCAAGUUUCUUGCUUCCUUCAAGUACAUGUACAAGAACUAAGUUUUCCUCUUACAUUUACAUUGUAUACAGUAUGCGAGUUGUUUUUCUAUGGAAUGUGUUAUUGUGUUUUUAUGUAGGGUUGACAGAAAGCUGAGAUUAGCCCAUAUUGACAUUAAUAUUGUCCCGGUGAUUAUUGAAACUAAAAUUGUUUUCUAAUGACAGGUUUGAGCAACAAAAUUUGCUUCACUCGGACUGUAUCCUAACAACCAAGCACUAUAGCUGUGCCACCAUUUUGCUGUGAUUCUUUACCUGACAUUGAGUUCAAAUGAUGUUUAUUAUCUCGUAUAAUAGUUAUAUGGUGUUUUAAGUGCAAAUUUGUUUAUUGUGUUGUUAAAUUUUACUUAAAUAAUUAUGGUAACUAAUAAAAGUUUAUAAAUAUUAUGUUUAGUUAUACAUAACUGUAAUAUAAACUUCCAUGGUCUAGGAUUUUAUGCAUUUACUGAUAAUAGUCAACAAGUGAGACUUUUUACUUUCUACAAAAAUUUGUGGCCUAUAAACUUGUGUAGUUUCUAAGCUAUUGAUACUUGUAUCUACUUCUUUACAGUAUAUACUCAUGGACUUUGUAAUACAGUUUUUUAAUUUAUUUUAUAGUACACAAAUUUAAAUACAGUGAAGGUUAACAAGUGCAUAUUUAAGCUCGUGCUUCUUUCACAUUCUGAUGUUUAAUUAAUUUUUUUCCAUGUGCUGGAUAGACCAACAAUUGCAAGAUUUUCAUCAAAAAUUUUGUUUAUAUCUUUUUCCCACAAUCUUUCUUUCAACGCACUGGCAGGGUCGCCCAAAAAGAAACAGGAAAGUCUCUCUUUUUAACUUCAGUAAUGUAUACAGGAAAAGGGGUUACUAUCCCCUUGCUCCCGGCAUGUUAGGCGCCUCUUACGACAUGCAUGUUUUUGACUCGCGAAAUCGUAAUGACACGAGCUGACGGGCUGGAGUUUUGAGAGACUAUGACCACGGGUUCAAUCCCGGCCGGGGUAUGGUUUUUUAUGCAUGUUUUUCCCACAGCAUAGCAUUUAUAUUUUACUAAUUCUUUCAUUUUUUGUAUUGUAUGCUGUUCAAAAUAUGCUUCUUCCUAGUUAUUGUGCCACCAUUCAAGACUUUGCAGAGCUUCAUCUAGUGAUUUAAGUCUUCUUUCAACACACCGGCCAUAUCCCACCGAUGCGGGGUGGCCCAAAAGGAAAAGCUAAAGUUUCUCCUUUUACAUUUAGUAAUAUAUACAGGAGAAGGGGUUAAGUGAUUUAAGUAUAUUUAUGUAUUUGAUGCAAUUUGACCCUCUGAAUCUUUACAGCCUUCAGUAAGUGGCCAUGUGUAAUAACUAAUUCAGAUAUUUUGCAUGCUUUCAGUUGUUAAAUGUGGGGUGGAUAAGUAAGAUAGUGGCAGGCCUCUAUCAAAUUACCAAAACUUUCACUGAGUGGGUCAUUAAUAAUUCUAAAACCUAAGUCAGGAGAAAUUUUGCUAUUUCUCCUUGUAAAUAAAGUGCCCAGUCUUAAAUAACAAAAAAGGCACAAUACCGUGACUGGAACAAUACACAAAUAACCCGCACAUG